AUGCCUGAUAUUCCUACAAAGAGAAGAUUAUCAAAUGGGUCUAUGAGUGACACCACGAAUAAGAGGCAAAUGGCGUCUUCUUUUGUGCCAGAAGUGGCGCAAGAACUGGAUGGUUAUCUUUCCGAAGACAGUUCAGAUCAGCCUGUAUUUGAUAUGCCAGUAGCAGCAAAUAGCAACCAGUGGCAAGAGACCAUCACAAAGGUUGUGAAGUCGGUGGUUUCAAUUCAGUUUACACACGUGAGCAAUUUUGAUACUGAAUCAUCCAUAGUUAGUGAAGCCACUGGGUUUGUUGUUGAUGCCAAAAGAGGAUUGAUUUUAACCAAUAGACAUGUGGUAGGACCAGGUCCAUUUUGUGGUUAUGUUGUUUUUGACAACCACGAGGAAGCAGUUGUGAAGCCAAUUUAUCGUGAUCCAGUCCAUGAUUUUGGAUUUUUGCAAUUCGAUGCCAAAAGCAUCAAAUAUAUGGAUGUCACACAGCUUGAAUUAAAGCCCGAUUUGGCUAAGGUUGGUACUGAGAUAAGAGUUGUGGGUAAUGAUGCUGGUGAAAAGUUGUCUAUUUUAGCGGGAUUCAUCUCGAGAUUAGAUAGAAAUGCCCCAGACUAUGGUGCCUUAACAUAUAAUGAUUUUAAUACCGAGUAUAUUCAGGCUGCAGCCAGUGCAUCGGGUGGUUCGUCAGGAUCGCCAGUUGUAAAUGAAGAUGGACAUGCUGUUGCUAUACAGGCUGGUGGCUCAUCUGAAGCUUCUACUGAUUUCUUUCUUCCAGUCUACAGACCUUUGAGAGCUUUGCGUUGUAUCCAAGAAUCGCAACCAAUCACUAGAGGUGAUAUUCAAGUAGAAUGGCUGUUAAAGCCAUUUGAUGAAUGUAGAAGAUUAGGUUUAACGCCUGAAGCUGAACGCAUAGCAAGAGAACGUUUCCCAGACAAAAUCGGUUUAUUAGUAGCUGAAUUGGUUUUACCGGAAGGGCCAGCUGAUCAACUAAUUAAAGAAGGUGAUACUUUGAUUUCUAUCAACGAUGAGCCAAUUUCUACUUUCAUUAAAGUUGACGAAAUUUUGGACGAAAGCGUAGGUCAGGAAUUGAAGUUUGUUAUUCAAAGAGGAGGUGAAGAAAUAACUCAAACUAUUAAGAUUGGUGAUUUGCAUGCUAUAACUCCUGAUAGGUAUGUUGAUGUUGCGGGUGCAUCUUUCAACCAGAUGUCGUACCAAGUUGCUAGGUGUUAUUGCAUUCCAGUUAAAGGUGUUUACAUAAACGAUGCAUCAGGUUCAUUUGAAUUUUCAACUUUUGAAAAAACUGGUUGGCUAUUACAAACGGUUGACGAUAAACCAACUCCUGAUUUGGAUACCUUUAUUGAAGUAAUGAAACAAAUACCUGAUCGCCAAAAGGUUACCAUAACUUAUCGUCAUGUCUCCGAUUUACAUACAGAAAGCAUUCAAGUCAUUUAUAUUGAAAGACAUUGGCAAUCUACUUUCAGAUUGGCUGUGAGAGAUGAUACUAGUGGAUUAUGGAACUUCACUGAUAUUCAAGACAAGCCAUUACCACCAUUAAAGUUAGAACCCCAAAAUGCGAAAUAUAUCAAUAUUCCAUUUGAAAAUGAAGAGAAACAGGGCUGUGCUUCUUUGGUAAGAUCAUUUGUUCAAGUUAGAACUGUUGCUCCUGUUCCAAUGGACUCCUACCCUUACCGUAAGGAGAUUGGCUACGGGGUUGUUGUUGAUUCUACAAAUGGUUAUGUAUUAGUUUCUAGAAGAUUCGUUCCACAUGAUAUGUGUGAUAUAUUUGUUAUAUUUGCAGAAUCAGUGGAUAUUCCAGGUAAAGUUGUGUUUUUGCAUCCUAACCAGAAUUAUGCAAUCAUUAAAUAUGAUCCUACAUUAGUCUUAGCCGAUGUGCAAACUCCAAAAUUUAGUGACAAGCCUAUGAAACGAGGUGAAAAGUCGUUUUUUGUUGGUUACAAUUACAACUUAAGACUUGUUACCGAAGACGUUAAAGUUAGUGGUAUUUCAUCUCUAAAUGUUCCUGCUGCUUCGUUAUCUCCCCGUUAUAGAGGGACUAACUUGGAAUGUAUUCUCUUAGAUAGCAAAUUAUGUCAAGAAUGUGAUUCCGGUGUUUUAGCUGAUGAAGAUGGUACAUUGCGUUCUUUCUGGUUAAGUUACUUGGGUGAAAGUAAUUGUGAUCAAACAACAGACAGAAUGUACAGAAUGGGUUUAGAUGUCACUGAUGUCUUAGAUGUAAUUAAUAGGUUAAAGGAUAAUGAAAUUCCUGUUGAUUUGAGAAUAUUGGAUGCUGAAUUUUCUUCAAUAACCAUAUUACAAGGUAGAACAAGAGGUGUACCUCAAAAGUGGAUUACUGAGUUUGAAAAAGUUUGCGACGAUGAGUUAAAAUUCUUAUCUGUUGAAAGAGUUGCAGCAGCAAAAUUAAAUCAACCCCCUAAUCCAUUAAAGAAUGGUGACAUUGUCUUAUCUGUUAAUGGUUCUAUUGUUAAAACUAUGAGAGAUUUAAAGGUUAUGUAUAACAAGCCAAGUUUAGAUUUCAAGAUUAUUAGGCAGAAAAAGGAAUUGGAUAUUACUAUUCCUACUGUUGAAACGACCAGCUUAAAUACAUCACAUGUUGUGUUUUGGUGUGGUGCUAUAUUGCAAGCACCUCAUCACGGCGUACGUCAAUUGAUGGAAAAAAUUCCAAGUGAAGUUUAUGUCACACGUAAGAACUCUGGUGGACCAGCACACCAAUAUGGUAUUGUAACGAAUAGUUUUAUUACCCAUGUCAAUGAUAGAGAGACAAAGGACUUGGAAUCAUUCAUGUCUGCGAUCAAAGACAUCUCUGACAAUACUUAUAUCAAGUUAAGAUUGGUAUCUUUUGAUAAUGUUCCAGUUGCAAUCUCUGUGAAGACCAACUAUCAUUAUUUCCCAACUGCUGAGUUGAAAAAGAACAAAGAAACGGGUGAAUGGAAGGAAAUCGAACAUAAGCAGAAAUAG